AUGAAUCUGGAAGAUAUCAAAACUUUGGAGAAGUAUCAGUCGUCAAAAAUAAACAGAGAGGAAAAUUCCGAAGAUGAAGAUGAAUUAUUUGCAUCGUUAGAGAAUGAAAUGGACGAAGACUUGUCCAAAUAUAGAGAAUCAAGAAUACAACAAUUAUCACAAGAAUUUAAAUCUAUUAAUCAACUAGAGUCUGUGGGUAGUUUACAAGAGUUCACCAAUGAAAAGGAAUUAAUGGAUCAGAUAGUACAACGCAAGGAUUGUUUAGUACAUUUCUAUCAACCUGAAUUCAAAAAUUGUAUAAAGAUGAAUCAAGUUUUAAAUCUAUUAGCUCAGAAUUUCCCGCUAUUACCUAUUUUCACUAUAACUGUUGAGAACUGUCCCUUUUUGGUAUCUAAGCUAAAUUUGAAAGUUUUGCCUUGUGUAAUUGCUUAUAAGUCUGGAAGCGAAUAUGAUAGAUUGGUUGGGUUUGAAAAGUUAGGAAACUCAUUGACAUAUGACAAAUUAGAACAUUAUUUAUAUAAUUUGAAUAUAAUUCAAAGGAAAUCAAUCAACAGAACAACUAUUAGCACCAGCAUCAAUGCCGACCAUGAUGAUGAUGACUAUGAAUCGGAUUUGGAUAUUUAG